AGAAAAAUCUCUCUCUCGACUUCUCACGGCGGCCAUGGAAUAAGCUCGAAGAAUCUCACAUACUCACGAAUCCAGAUCUAUCUGGAGCAUGUGUGGUGAAUGCUGAAUGGAGAAAGUAGCUACACCAAGUGCCAUGCCUCCGAGUUCUCGUGGAAUUUCAUCGGUACCUCUAAAAGGUGCUUCUAUUGCUAAAAGAAAGACGCCUUCAGAACUUAGGGGAGAGCAGUUGAAGCGGGAUAUUUUUGUGGACUAUACUGAUGAAUCUCCGACCUCGGCUGGUUCCUCGAAAGCUGCUGAGGUGGGUAAUAGAUUUAAAAAACCAGGAUUGUUUAAGGCCCCGAGAUACAAUGACACACAGCUUGAUGAUGUAUUUUCUGCCAAGAAGCCGAGGUUUAUAAUCCGGAGGCGUGUGCUGCAAUCUUGUGGAAGAGUGCUAAAGCUGCUCCAAAGGGAUGGUCACUUUAUUAUAUUCAAAAGGCAUUUACUACAGCUGCCUCUAAGUUGGAAAAGAUUGGAUAUGGAGACUUAGGGAGAAUAAGGAAGCUAUAGAGCCUGAGGCAGAUCCAGAAAGGGAUCAAAGAAUUGUUUUUGCCUAUCAGGUU